AUGGACAGUAAAGGGUUUGCAGAGGAGGUGGAGCUGGUCAAGCAUGGUGGACAAAGACCACUCUCUCCCAGCCAAUCCCCAGCAGAGGAGGUGGAGCUGGUCAAGCAUGGUGGACAAAGACCACUCUCUCCCAGCCAAUCCCCAGCAGAGGAGGUGGAGCUAGUCAAGUAUGGUGGACAAAGACCACUCUCUCCCAGCCAAUCCCCAGCAGAGGAGGUGGAGCUGGUCAAGCAUGCUGGACAAAGACCACUCUCUCCCAGCCAAUCCCCAGCAGAGGAGGUGGAGCUGGUCAAGCAUAGUGGACAAAGACCACUCUCUCCCAGCCAAUCCCCAGCAGAGGAGGUGGAGCUAGUCAAGUAUGGUAGUCAAAGACCACUCUCUCCCAGCCAAUCCCCAGCAGAGGAGGUGGAGCUAGUCAAGCAUGGUGGCCAAAGACCACUCUCGCCCAGCCAAUCCCCAGCAGAGGAGGUGGAGCUGGUCAAGCAUGCUGGACAAAGACCACUCUCUCCCAGCCAAUCCCCAGCAGAGGAGGUGGAGCUGGUCAAGCAUGCUGGACAAAGACUACUCUCUCCCAGCCAAUCCCCAGCAGAGGAGAGAGCCCUCGGGCUACGACCCGCCCCGGAGCCUCUGCCGACACUAGUCACCCACGCCCUGACCAUAGAGAGCCCUCGGGCUACGACCCGCCCCGGAGCCUCCGCCGACACUACUCACCCACGUCCCGACCAUAGAGAGCCCACGGGCUACGACCCGCCCCCGGAGCCUCCGCCGGCACUAGUCACCCACGCCCCGACCAUAGAGAGCCCUCGGUCUACGACCCGCCCCGGAGCCUCCGCCGACACUAGUCACCCACGUCCCGACCAUAGAGAGCCCUCGGGCUACGACCCGUCCCGGAGCCUCCGCCGACACUACUCACCCACGUCCCGACCAUAG